AUGGGAGGCUUUGAAGGUCAUCUGUACCCAGGGCUGUCUCUCUUCUUCUAUGGACUUUAUCAGGCACGACUCAUCUCCAGGGCCUUGAUACGCAACUACCCUGUCAAUUACCCACCACACCAUCCCUGGAGCAAAGGAAGAUGGGCGAGGCUAAGGCAGAUAUACUGUGUUGGGUUAGUGAAGAUAUUGAGCACCUGCAUUUUAGUAGCCCAAGAGCUGCAUAACGUUCGUGGACAGUUUGUACUUAUCGGCAAGAGAUAUCAUCAGAGAAACUUUUUAUACCACAAACAGUGGCAGCAUCUCACUCUCUAUAUGACCUUCUUCCUGAGUAGGUGUGCAGAUGUGGUAAGCCAGAACCUGCUGCCCCAGAGGUGUGCAGCUCUGGAGCAAGGUGCCCAGGCCCUGUGUCUAAUGGUGUCUCACAUGCAGGACGCAGAGGGAAUGGAGCUGCAGGCUCACCUCCUGCUCAUGCAGACCAUGUUACUGCUGACAUUGGCUCCCAACAUGCCUCAGCUCUGGGUGAUGAAGGCCUUCCUUUAUAUGAUAGCAAGCUCAUGGCUGAUACAGACAGGCUCAUUGCUGUACAAACCAAUCUCUGUCCAUAAAUGGGUGGAUGAUGACAAACACAACACCAUGUUUGUCACCACCUUCUUCUGCUGGCAUGUGGCUUCCAUCGCCACUUUGAUGAUCUGGAUCCACGGCUUCUCCUUUUUGUGGUAUUGUUACAUUUGUUGA